AGACAAGCUCAAACUCUGAUUCGGAGAGUCAGUGUCAACUUUGGUGCGGUCAGGAACAGAACUUUGGUGCCUCUGAUUUGAAUUCUUUGCAAACUAAUAGAAGUGAUUUGUAUUGUAUAAGAAGUUGAUAGGUGAUUACGGGCACGCUUAGUUCGAACGCGACGAACGUCCAGUGCAGAAGUGCUAUAAUGUGAGUUUGUGGGAAUUGUCAUCCGUAAAAAGUUUUCCCUCCAGUCGGUGGUGCCUGUGGGUUUGGUGUUGAAACAUAUUUUACGACAAAAAGAAAACAACAAACUUUGGCCGAAUCGCAUUUACCGGAGUUUUGCAUUCAAAACAACAUACUCGUUUCCCUUGGAGCUGCAUCCAUCAGAGAGGACGGCCUCUGGAAAGCAACAUCUAUGGCAUAUUGCUGAAAGUUACGAGCACCGACGACGGUUUUCAAUGGUCCAAACCAACAACAGCAGCCCCCAUGUUGCAGCAUUCGAACUUGCAUAGAAGGUAGUCAGCGAGCAGCAUCGAACCGAGCAAAACCAAGCUGAUUACACAGCGAAACGGUAGCUUUUCGCCUCCCACUAAACAGGAAGCUGCUUGUUAUUAAAACUGAAAACAGGAUUGGAAACAUUAGCGUUGCUGUAAAUAACUAAUACGCUCGGUGCAUCAUUACUUCUGGAACAAGCUGCGUGCACAAAAAGGGUUGUGCUGCAAAGUUUCGAUUCCAGGUCGCCGUCUUGUAACGAGACCCGACCCUCGUGAUGAGCGGGAAAUUCGCCUGGGCACUCCUGCUGAAGUGCUACUUUAUCGCUGUGCUGCUCGCAUCAGUCAGUGCUGAAGAGAAAUGGUCCUGGUCAAAGGGCGGCAGCAACGGGGCAACCCCGGACCGGCAGAACGUUCGGAGCGAUGUCAUCCAGUUCCAGGAGACGAAACGAGCCACCGAUGACGAUGGAAGACGAUACAACAAUGCUCAGAAAGACGUCAGACAAGGCCGCUACGAAGUGAAAGAAACCACAACACGACGACCAACGUUCGGGAAACCACUCAGUGAUGAAUUUUCCGGAGAAGUGAACGGUCCAAACCAGCAGAACGAUUUCGGGAUCAAUCAGCGGUUCGGCGGCCCGGGUAAUGGACAGUUUUCGCCCAACCCGUAUGGAAUAAAUCCGGGCUACGGAGGCGGAAAUCCCUACUUUGGAGGUGGGGGUGGUGGUGUAGGUGGUUUUCCUCCACAGGGCGGUUUAGGCGGAGGAUAUGGCGGAGCAUAUGGAGGAGGUCAUGGUGGAGCAUACGGUGGGGGAUACGGUGGAGGGUAUGGAGGAGGUAAUGGAAUUUUGGUUGGGCCUGAAGGGCCUACCGGAAUAAUAGGACGACCCUACAAAGGUUUCACCGGAGGUUAUCCCGGAGCCACUCCUUAUGGGCCUUACGGUGGAUUCGGAAAUCAGGGAAAUUUCGGAAGGCCAGGUCAAGGUUACUAUCCUCAAGGUCAGGGUCAAUUUCCUGGAGGAGGAUAUUAUGGCAGCCAAGGUGGCCAGUUUGGUCCGGCACAGUUUGGCCCGGGACAGCUCGGUCCGGGGCAAUUCGGGCCUGGUCAGUUUGCUCAAGGGCCAGCAGGUGGACCUGGUGGGUUCGGACCAGUAGGAGGAGGACCAAUAGGAGGAGGACCUUUUGGAGGUCCUUUCGGUCCACAGUUUGAUCAAGCAAAACAAGCCACAAAGAAAGUUGAAAAGAAGUCGAUUUGAGUGAUAUACUGCUGCUGAAUUUGUGAUAUAUUGUUGAAAUGGUUAAAAUAAAAUAGAAAUGACAUUGUUUUCUAAACUUA